CAAGGCCUAAUAGAUUUAUCGUUGUCUCGCUUCAUAGUUCAGAAAAAAAAAAAAAAUCUGUCGUGGAAGUUUCUUCAUCAAUAGUUUUCCGUGCUUAAAGACCUAGAGUCUUUGAUCCGAGAGCAAAUUUUACUCAGAAUUUGAGUUCUUUAGCUUAAGAAGUUUGUAAUCAUGUCGAGGAAGAUGCUUAUUGAUGGCGAGCUCAGCAGCUCUAAUGAUGAUGGGGUGCAGUAUGAUUUUGAUCUGUUUGUUAUUGGCGGCGGCAGUGGUGGCGUCCGUGCUUCUAGAUUCUCAGCUGGAUUCGGAGCUAAGGUUGCAAUUUGUGAGCUACCAUUUCAUCCCAUCAGCUCUGAACUUCUUGGAGGAUUUGGAGGAACGUGUGUUAUUCGUGGUUGCGUGCCGAAGAAGAUAUUGGUGUAUGGAGCAACGUAUGGGGGUGAACUUCAGGAUGCGAGAAAUUAUGGGUGGGAAGUGAACGAGAAGGUUGACUUCAACUGGAAAAAACUAUUGCAGAAAAAGACACAAGAAAUUGUCAGAUUAAAUGAAAUAUACAAGCGGAUGUUGACAAAUUCUGGAGUUAAGUCAUUUGAAGGUGAGGGAAGGAUCACUGGGCCUCAUGAAGUUGAGGUGACACAAAUAGAUGGUACUAAACUGAGCUUUUCGGCAAAGCAUAUCUUGAUAGCAACUGGAAGUAGGGCUCAACGUCCGCCUAUUCCUGGGCAGGAAUUGGGUAUCACCUCUGACGAGGCUUUGAGCUUGGAUGAGAUGCCUAAACGAGCUGUGAUAUUGGGUGGGGGGUACAUUGCUGUUGAAUUUGCUUCAAUAUGGCGUGGGAUGGGUGCUACAGUGGACCUAUUUUUCAGAAAGGAACGUCCAUUAAGAGGUUUUGAUGAUGAAAUGAGGACUGUGGUAACAAGAAAUCUGGAAGGUAGGGGAAUUAAUCUGCACCCGGGGAAAAAUUUGAAAGAGUUGAUUAAAACAGAUGAUGGCAUUAAAGUUCUUACAGACGAUGGGGAAGAAUUGAUGGCAGAUGUUGUACUGUUUGCCACUGGUCGGAUUCCUAACUCAAAGAGGUUGAACUUGGGAGCUGUAGGGGUACAACUUGAUGCAGCAGGAGCUGUGAAGGUAGAUGAGUACUCCCGCACAAACAUCCCUAGCAUAUGGGCUAUUGGUGAUGUUACAAACCGAAUAAAUCUUACCCCCGUUGCCUUAAUGGAGGGAACCUGCUUCUCGAAAACUGCUUUUGGUGGUCAACCUAGUAAGCCUGACUACAGUGAUGUACCUUGUGCUGUAUUCAGCAUACCUCCUCUAUCUGUAGUGGGCCUUAGCGAACAGGAGGCUGUAGAACAAGCAAAGGGUGAUAUUCUGGUUUUCAAUUCUACAUUCAAUCCAAUGAAGAAUACUAUCUCUGGAAGGCAAGAAAAAUCAGUGAUGAAGUUGGUCGUUGAUGCUGAGACAGAUAAAGUUCUGGGAGCUGCAAUGUGUGGACCAGAUGCUCCUGAAAUUAUCCAGGGCAUUGCAAUUGCUCUGAAGUGUGGAGCAACAAAGGCACAAUUUGACAGCACGGUGGGCAUCCACCCUUCUGCUGCAGAAGAAUUUGUGACAAUGCGGUCUGUAACAAGGCGUGUUGCAGGAGCUCUCAAACUGAAGACAAAUCUGUGAAAAUAAUAGAUCAAACAAAAUGAUGGAAGCAAUUGAAAGACAUUCUUUUCAUCCUAGAUAGUGUACUACAUCGCACAAAAGGGAAAUAAAGUUUGUUAAGUCUGGUCUGGUUUAGUUUUAGGAUGAUAAAAUCAUAUCCUUCUUUUCCUACUAGAAUGGUUGUAUUAGUUUUCUUACACAAGGAGACAUCUAAUAGCAUUAAAUUUGUUUUUAGUAUUU